AUGGCGGGCAUCGUCUUGGCGCUCUGCUGCUGCCCCGGCGACGCUCAGACGGCUCUGCGGGGCUUCCCCCAGGAACCGGGGCUCAGCCUCCACCCGCCUUACUUCAACCUGGCGGAGACAGCCCACAUUUGGGCCACGGCCACCUGCGGCCAGGACGAGAGCGGGAGUCCGCGCCUGGAGCUCUACUGCAAGCUAGUCGGGGGCCCAGCUGCCUCCCCCGCGGGCCACACCAUCCAGGGCCAGUUUUGUGACUAUUGCAAUGCUGCUGAUCCCAACAAAGCCCACCCAAUAACCAAUGCUGUAGAUGGAACAGAGAGUUGGUGGCAGAGUCCUUCACUCUCACAAGGUCUGAAGUAUGAUGAAAUUAAUGUUACUUUAGACCUGGGACAGUUCUUUCAUGUGGCCUAUAUCCUCAUCAAAUUUGCCAAUUCUCCUCGUCCAGAUCUGUGGAUAUUAGAGAGAUCAGUAGACUUUGGAAAAACUUAUAUACCAUGGCAGUUUUUUGCUUAUUCUAAAACAGACUGCUGGGAACGUUUUAGAAAGGAGGCUAAUGUUCGUGUUAGAAGGGAUGAUGAUGUCAUAUGCACUACAGAAUAUUCCCGGAUUGUGCCUUUAGAAAAUGGUGAGAUUGUGAUAUCCUUGGUUAAUGGUCGUCCAGGAGCAAAUAAUUUUACCCACUCUACUGUGCUUAGAGAAUUUACCAAGGCAACAAAUAUCCGAUUACAUUUCCUCAGAACCAAUACUCUUCUUGGACACUUGAUAUCUAAAGCUCAGCGGGAUCCCACAGUGACUCGGAGAUAUUAUUACAGUAUAAAAGACAUCAGCAUUGGUGGACAGUGUGCUUGUAAUGGACAUGCUGAUGUCUGUGAUGCAAAAAGUGACCAGAGCCCAUUCAGGUACCAGUGUGUAUGUCAGCACUACACUUGUGGGGAAACCUGUGACCACUGCUGUGUGGGAUAUAACCAGAGACGAUGGCAUCCUGCAACAGCUACCAGCACAAAUCAGUGUGAACCCUGCAACUGCCAUGGGCAUGCGAGUGAUUGCUAUUAUAGUCCUGAGGUUGAGCAACGUAAGGAGAGCAUAAAUCUCUCUGGACAGUAUCAAGGUGGAGGGGUUUGCAUCGAUUGCCAGCACAACACAGCUGGUGUAAACUGUGAGAGAUGUUCGAAAGGCUAUUAUCGUCCCCAUGGUGUUCCAGUGACAGCACCAAAUGGAUGUAUACCUUGCAGCUGUAAUCCAGAACAUUCUAAUGGCUGUGAGGAAGGAUCAGGUCUCUGUUAUUGUAAACCAAAUUAUCAGGGCAGACACUGCGACCGGUGUGCUGAAGGAUACCAUGGUUUUCCUUUCUGUGACUGGACUUCUGAUUAUCCUGUUGCUACUCCAAGCCCUGGAGAUCCUUCAUCAGGUCACAUACUUGGUUGUCGAUGUUAUGGCUCAGGUGCGUUAAGCAGCAGUGAUUGUGACAGAAGAACAGGACAAUGCAGAUGCCGAGUUGGGUUUCAGGGGAUUGCCUGUGAUAGCUGUGCAUCAGGGUAUUUCCAUUACCCUUUCUGUCAGAGGUGUAAUUGCGAUGCAGUUGGAUCUGUUGACAAUACAUGUGGCCCUCAAGGUCAUUGUUUUUGCCAUAGAAACUAUGCUGGGCCACAGUGCAAUCAAUGUGCUCCUGGUUAUUACAGCUAUCCCAGUUGCUUGCCUUGUCAGUGUUCAGCCAGUGGCUCCUACCAUGACACAUGCAAUUCAGCAACCGGGCAGUGUGAAUGUCGACCAGGAAUUACGGGUCAACAGUGCAACAGAUGUCUUUCAGCCACCCACUACUUUCCUCAUUGUCUAGGUGUCAGCAGUGAAUGUGACCCUGCUGGAACUCUUGAUUCAUAUUCUGGCUACUGUCAGUGUCUGCAAAAUGUAGAAGGUCCAACUUGUAGCAUCUGCAAACCAUUAUACUGGAAUCUGGCUAGAGAAAACCCUGAUGGAUGUGUAGAGUGUCAGUGUGCUGCAGAUGGAACUCUGAGCGGAGUUGGAGAAUGUCAGCAGGUGGAUGGCAGUUGUUACUGCAAACCAAAUGUUUGUGGAGACUCCUGUGAUACUUGUGAGGAUGGUUAUUAUGGCCUUGAGGGCCGGAAUUAUUUUGGAUGUCAAGGAUGCCAGUGUGAUGUGGGGGGCUCUAAAAGUCAUGUGUGCAGUGAUCAGUCAGGUGCCUGUCAGUGCAGAAGGCACAUCGUUGGAAAGUCCUGCAAUGAGCCUGAAAAGAACUACUAUUUUCCUGACUUGCACCACCUGAAGUUUGAAAUUGAAGAUGGUACAACUCCAAGUGGAAGAAGAAUCCGGUUUGGAUAUGAUCCUCAAGAAUUCCCUGGCUUUAGCUGGAGAGGUUAUGCACAGAUGUCCUCCAUACAAAAUGAAGUGAAGAUAACUUUGAAUGUGGAGAAAUCAAACCGCUAUUUAUUUCACGUUAUCCUGAGAUAUAUUAAUCCUGGAAUUGCAGUAGUAUCUGGCCACAUAAUUGCUUAUCAGUUUCGGCUUCAGACAGGGACUGCUCAGACCAAAGACAUUAUGUUCAUGCCCAGUAGAGAACCAGCACUUGUAACUGUCCCAGGAAAGAACUUUCCAGAUCCAUUUUCACUUGUCCCUGGAACUUGGAUUUUUAAAAUCAUGGUGGGGGAAGGGGUUCUUCUGGACUAUCUUGUGCUCUUACCUAGUGAUUACUAUGAAGCAUCCAUCUUACAGUUACCAGUUACAGAGCCUUGCACAUAUACAAGCCAUGCUGCAAUAGAUAAUUGUCUAGAGUACAAACAUUUGCCACUGGAGAGAUUUUCUUGUGUUCUUGGUUCAGAAGUAACAUAUUUCCUGCAUAGGGGAGAGUACAGGAAAGUAGUUUUCCAUCAGCCAACAUCCCAACAUCCAAUGAUGUCACAUAUUAGCGGUCAAGAGGUGGAUUUGAACAUAAGACUGAACGUUCUCCAAGUCAGCCAGUAUGUGGUAGUCCUGGAGUAUGUUAACGAACACGAUCAAGUAUAUGUUGCCGAUGUAAAGAUUAACGAUCCUGAGGAAGUGACGGAGGCAAAGGUGUAUAUAUAUAGCUGCAAAUAUAGCUUCCCAUGUCGCAGUGUUGUAGUUGAUGCCAUGAAUCGAGUGGCUGUGUAUGAUCUUUUGGCUGAUGCAAAGUUACAUCUCCAUGCAUCAUCAAUAGAUUUCUUCUUGCACAAAAUCUGCAUUAUUCCUGUGGAAGGUUUUUCGCUAGAGUAUGUGGAGCCUAAAGUGCAUUGUGUUGCUGCUUAUGGCCCUACGCCUGGUUCAAGUGCUUCAUGUAUCCCCUCACAAGAUGAAACACCCCCAGUUGCCUUGGUUUUGGAUGCUCAGAGAGAUGGGAAGAUUGUAGAAGGGGGCAACAAUGUUGUCUAUCAGGAUUCAGCAAGUUCUCCUUUACUGUCUUCUCACCUAGCCAGCGGUGUAAUAUUGACAUCUUCACAGAACCAAAUUACCCUGAGCAGCAGAGUGACGCAGUUGGGCAGAUAUGUAUUGAUCGUCCAUUUUUACCAGCCAGAGAGCCCAAUGUUUCCUGUGCCUGUUAUUGUGGAUGCAGGGCGCAUCUGGUCAGGCUCCUUCAAUGCUUCAUUUUGUCCACUUACUACUGGGUGUCGGGAUCUGGUGAUGGCAGAAAAUCAAAUUGAACUUGACAUCUCUCAGUAUGAGUUCUCAGUAACUUUGAAAAUUCCCUAUGGAAAAAUGUUAGCUUUGGAACGUGUCCUGGUUAUUCCAGCAGAAAGUUACAGCUACAUACUUCUUCACAAAGACACUGUUGACAAAUCAUUAGCUUUCAUCAACCAAUGUGGUGGAAACAGUUAUCAUAUUAACCCUCUAACUUCCUCAGAAUUCUGUAAAAAUUCUGCAAGAUCCCUUGUGGCUGCCUACAACAAUGGAGCUCUACCUUGCAAUUGCCACAGAAAUGGUGCCACAAGUCUUACUUGCAACCCUGCUGGGGGACAAUGCAGCUGCAAACCCAACAUCAUUGGUCGGCGAUGUACCAAGUGUCAAACCAGCUAUUAUGGAUUUCCGUUUUGCAAACCGUGCACCUGUGGGCGGCGCCUUUGUGACGAUGUAACUGGGAAAUGUAUCUGUCCCCCUCAAACUGUUAAGCCCAGGUGUGAAGUAUGUGUGAAGAAGCACUUUAGCUACCAUCCACUCGCUGGCUGCGAGGCAUGCAAUUGCUCAAGCAAAGGAAUCAUCAAUGUAGCCGAUCCAGAAUGUGAUAAAACUAAUGGGCAAUGCAAAUGCCUCUCAGGGAUAACCGGUCGACAGUGUGAUCUCUGUGCUCCGGGAUCCUAUGGUUUUCCUGACUGUAAACCCUGCAAAUGUAACAGAGGGGGAACAAGACCUGCCAUUUGCGAUCCACAGACAGGAGUUUGCCUCUGUAAGGAAAAUGUUGAAGGUUCUCAGUGUGACAUGUGCCGUCCUGGAUCAUUUUACUUGGAUCCCACAAGUUCAGCGGGUUGCACUACUUGCUUUUGUUUUGGAGUAACCAAUAAUUGUCACAGUACAAAUAAACGCACAGCUAAGUUUGUUGAUAUGAGGGACUGGCGCCUAGAAGAAAUGGAUGGUACCGAUGUCCCUAUCAUUUUCAAUCCAAGCAGCAACAGUGUUGUUGCUGAUGUUCAAGAGUUGCCUCCCUCUGUACAGAAUUUGUACUGGGUGGCACCACCAUCUUAUCUGGGAGAAAAGCUUUCUUCAUAUGGUGGCUACCUGAGUUAUCAAGUGAAAACCUUUGGCUUACCCAGUGAAGGCAUGACCUUACUGGAAAAAAGACCUGAUGUGCUGCUAAUAGGAAAGCAGCUGAAAAUCAUCUAUGUGGAUCCUAACAAUCCUUCACCUGGCAGACAGUAUUAUGGAUCAGUUCGAUUAGUUGAGAGAAACUUCAGACAUGAAAACACUAAUAAGCCGGUAUCUCGAGAAGAGUUGAUGACGAUUCUGUCUAGACUAGAUGGAUUACACAUCCGAGGGCUGCAUUUCACAGAAUCUCAGCGGUUAACAUUGGGUGAGGUUGGACUGGAAGAAGCCACUGGGACAGGAACUGGCAACAUUGCCUAUAGUGUAGAGACCUGCUCCUGCCCUGUUCAGUAUGUUGGUGAUUCAUGUCAGCUAAGCAAAAUGACGGCCGGAAUGCAGAGGCCAAUUAUUAUAGGCUUGCUAAUUUUGUGCAUGGGCCUGAGGGAUUGUUUGGGACAUGCUAUGCAACAGCGGGUAGUGUUUCCUUAUCUUCAAGGUCGAGGGCACCAGCAACAAAAUGAUUGGGAUUUUAAACCGAGACAGGAGUGCAGCGCUGGAUUUUAUCGUGAAAACAAAGGUUUAUUUGCAGAAUGGUGUGUUCCUUGUAAUUGUAAUGGAAAUGCAAAUACAUGCCAGGAUGGUUCUGGAAUUUGUAUUAACUGCCAACGUAAUACUGCAGGGGAGAAAUGUGAACAUUGCAAAGAAGGUUACUUUGGAGAUGCCAGUCAAGGAACGUGCAGGGAGUGUCAAUGCCCUUAUUCAAACAGCUUUGCUGCUGGCUGUGUGGAAAAUGGUGGAGAAAUGCAGUGCUUCUGCAAAGAAGGGUAUACAGGAGUGCGCUGUGAAAGCUGUGCUCCUGGCUAUUUCGGAAACCCGCUGAAAUAUGGAGGAUACUGCCAGAAAUGUAAUUGCCCUAAUAAUGGUCAGCUUACAACCUGUGAUCGUCUGACUGGGGAAUGCAUAAGUCAAGAACCAAAAGAUGUAGACCCUCAAGAAGACUGUGAUUCUUGUGAUAGCUGUGUAAUUACUUUGUUGGAAGAUUUGAGUCCCAUGGCCGAUGAGCUCCAUCAGAUUAAGUCCCAGAUACAGAGUCUCAGCACCAAUACCCAAGCCCUGGGGCAGAUGAAGAAUCUGCAAAACCGUGCCAAUGACCUAAAGACUCAAUUGAACCGCUAUCGUUUCAAUAUUAAUGCUCAGGGUAAAAAAGUGGAUGAAUUAGAGACAGACUUGAUUGACCUUAAUCAAAAUGUUAAUGCUCUAAGAGAAAAGGCUGAUAUGAAUUACAGAAAAGUGGAGACACUGUUCAAUAAUUUCAGUAAAACUAACCAAAGGGGAAAAGACUUGAUUUCAAAGAUACAAAGUGUUGUUACCAAUAUUAAUGUUCUGCUGGAACAGAUAGCCGGCACUUCUGCAGAAGGAAAUUCUUUGCCUGUGGGAGAUGCUGCCAAAGACCUGGCUCGAGCUCAACAAAUGGUUACUGAGAUGCGAAACCGCCAUUUUGGUCAACAGCAAUUAGAAGCUGAAAAGGAAAAAAGAAAAGCUGAGAAUUUGCUGAAUCGUGUAAGGAAUGAAUUACAAAAGCAUCAGGAAAAAAACCAAAGGCUAAUUAAAACGAUAAGGGAGUCAUUAAAUGAUUAUGAAUCCAAACUCAAUGAUCUUCGUGAAUCCUUGAGGGAAGCAAGAGAAAAAACCAAACUGGCUGAUGCUUUGAAUGGAGAGAAUAAAAUCCUCUUGGAAGAUAUUAAGAAACAGGCUGAAGAGAUGACUAUUCAACAGAACAAUAUCUUGGAUCAUCUGCGUUCUGCUGAAGCAGCUUUGUCUCAAACAAACAGUAUAUUUGGACAACUACAGAGGAGUAAGGAGGAAUAUGAAACUUUAGGGGCUCAGUUUGAUGGUGCACGGAAGGAUUUGUUGGAAAAGCUGAGGAGCCUUUCUUUAGCUGGCAGCAAGACACCUCUUGUGGUGAGGGCUGAAGAACAUGCUAUCUCUUUACAAGACCUGGCAAGGCAGCUGGAUGAGCUCAAGAAAAAUGCAAGUAAUGAUGAUCUGGUGAAGUGUGCUGUGGAAGCCGCUUCAGCCUAUGAUAAUAUUAUCAAUGCCAUCAAAGCAGCUGAGGCCGCCGCCAACAGAGCAGUCGGUGCUGCGGAUUCAGCAUUAUCAACGAUGGACAAAAAUGACCUAACUGGGAAGGCCAGGAAAUUGAAGACUGACAGCGGAAAUCUAUUAGAUCGAGCACAGACGGCCCAAAAGACGUUAGAAGGAAUCAAUCCAGCACUUGAUGAAAUAAAAAACAGAGUUGAGGACACUCAGCGCAUGAAAAAUUCCAUCCAGGGAAAACUUACAACCUUCCAAAAUGACCUUCAGGGGAUAAGCAGAGAGGAUAUAGACAGCCUGAUUACAAAUGCAAAGGACAUGGUCCAAAAUGCCAAAGAUGUUACUGCCAACAUACUAGAAGAACUGGACCCAAUUAAAGCAGAAGUUGAAAAUAUAACAAAUACAUAUGAAAGCAUGCAUAGUGCUGACUUCAACACAGCUUUGAUAGAGGCAAACAAUUCAGUAACAAAUUUAACAAACAUCCUCCCGGAUCUAUUUAACAAGAUUACAAGCAUCAAUGAACAACUUCUGCCAAUAGGUAACAUAUCUGAGAAUCUGAACCGCAUCAGAGAACUCAUCCAGCAGGCUAGAGAUGCUGCAAACAAGGUGGCUAUUCCCAUGAGGUUUAAUGGCAGUGCUGGGGUUGAAGUUCGACCUCCAAGCAUUCUCGAGGACCUGAAAGGUUAUACUUCCCUUUCUUUAUUUCUUCAAAGACCUAUCUCAAGGCUGGAUACCCCACAGACUUCCAACAUGUUUGUUAUGUACCUGGGUAACAAAGAUAGUUCCAAGGACUAUAUAGGCAUGGCUGUUCGGCGCAGCCGUCUUAUUUGUGCCUAUAGUUUAAGUGGCAAUGAAGCUGAAAUAGAAGUGUCUGAACCGGUGUAUCAGAGUGAGACCAAAGAUGCCAUUUUGGAUCAUGUGAAAUUUGAGAGAAUUUAUCAGUAUGCAAAGCUGAAUUACAUUAAAGGGGCAACCUCUUCUUCACCCUCAAGCCUUGGUCCUUUUAAUAGCAGCAGUGGAAGUAGUCACACGCUCCUCAACCUGGAUCCUGACAAUGUGGUCUUCUAUGUUGGAGGAUACCCAGAAGACUUUAUACCUCCUAGAACCUUAGACUUCCCCCGUUAUGAAGGCUGCAUCGAAUUAGAUAGUUUAAACGAGAGAGUAAUCAGCCUGUACAACUUCAAGAGGACUUUUAAUCUCAAUACAACAGAAGUGCAACCAUGCAGAAGACAUACAGAACAGACAGCUAGGACUUAUUUUGAAGGCACAGGUUACGCUCAUGUUAAACCUGCUUUGCCAAAUACUCCUUCGUCAAGUGUUCGAUAUGAGCAAACUAUUCAGACAACUGCAGAUGAAGGACUGGUAUUUUUUGCAGAAAACCAGGAUGAGUUUCUUAGUUUGCUAAUUGAAAAGGGUCAUCUAGUAAUCAGGUACAAAGUUGGUUCACAGCCUCCAGAAGAAAGAAUAUCUGAAGUGGUUGUGAAUAAUGGAUUGGAUCAACCAAUUGGCAUAGUCAUUGUUCAGAAAAAGAUUGUCCUGGUUUUAAAGUCUGUACCACCUUUAGAAAUAGAUGUUGCUUUGUUUAAUUUUGAUUCAUAUUAUUUGGGUGGAAUCCCUACAUCGCUAAGAGAACGCUUCAAUAUAUCAACACCUCCAUUUCGUGGAUGCAUGAUGAAUUGGAGAACCUCUUUUGAUCCUUCCCCUACCUUCUAUGAAACUCUUGGUGUCAGCAGGAAGUGUUCUGAUGAUUGGAAGCUUGUAAGGACUGGAACUUUUUUCAAGGAUGGAGUACUUAAACUGAGUGAUGAUGGUUUUCCAUUUCCCAAUGAUUUCCAAGUUGGAUUUGGCUUUCGUACAUUGGUGCUUGAUGGAACUUUAUUAAAUUACAAUCUACGGCCUGAUGUGCUUUCUCUCCUCCUGAGGAAUGGCUCUGUAAUUGUAAGGUUAGCUGAUGAAGAACGCCAGUCUAGCAAGAAAUAUGAAGUUGGUACAAUGCACUAUGUAACAGUAAUGAAACAAGGUGACAUACUAAGGCUGCUGGUUGAUGAUGUGUCUGAAUCAACAAUAGAAGGAACCUUUGGAAGGAAAACUUCAAGUCGACCAAUAGAAAUGGGUGGGAAUAAUUUUGAAGGUUGCAUUUCCAACAUCUUCAUACAAAGAACUGGACACAGUCCUCAGGUUCAAAAUCUAACAAAUGCUUUGAAGACUGAUGUAUCCUUAGGAUCCUGUAUGAUAAAGAAGCCACCACAGUUGAUGCUGCUGAAAGAAUUAACAGAUCCAUACCAUUCAAAGAUUUUGAAGAAGAAAAAAGCCGCUAUCUACCUGACAGAUGCAAACAAGAAGCAGAACAGUGACAACUGUUCCCUAGGUGCUCCGUUAAAUUUUGUCACUGGAGCAUAUCACUUUGGCAGUACCCCUGGCUCUCAUUUGUUGUUUACAACUUCUCGAAUAUCAUCAAGAGACAGGUCUCAUUUUGCAAUUGAGGCACGGACAUCAUCAUCUGGAGGCUUGAUCUUCUUCAUGGGGAACACGCUACAGAGCAGCUACAUGGCUCUUUACCUUUCAAAAGGGCGCUAUGUCCUUUCACUUGCUGCCAAAGAAGGGAGGAAUAUAAAAAUCAAAAGCAAAGCCAAAUACAAUGAUGGACAAUGGCAUAGUGUGGCAUUCAGCAUUGGUGAAAAGAGAGCUCGUCUUAUAAUUGAUGGCUUAAGGGCUCGAGAAGGCAAUAUUCCACAUAAUUACUCUGCCACUAAUGAGUUACCAAUCUAUCUAGGAGGGGUCCCUUCACUGAAACUAAAGAAUGUACCCCAAAAAAGUUUUGUGGGUUGCUUGAGAAACUUUAAUGUGGGUGUAAAACUCAUACAUCUUCAUCAUCAGAACAAGGGAGUUUUGCCAUGUUUGGAUAACACUUUGGAAAAUGGAGUCCUUUUCUUCAAUGAAGGGGGACAUAUUGUCAUUGAAAACUCUUUUUCAAUGGACUUGGAAUAUACAAUCGCAUUUAAUAUUCGUCCAAGAAGUUUAACUGGUAUUUUAAUCCACACUGGCAAUAAACAAAGGAACUACUUAACUAUUUAUAUGGAACGAGGCACGAUCAUUGCCUCUGGAAAUAAUGGUGCUGGAGAAUUCUCAACAUCCGUCACACCUCAGCAGCCUCUGUGUGAUGGAAAAUGGCACACUGUAGCAGUAACUCAGAAGCAGAAUGUUAUUUAUCUAACUGUAGAUACAAAUAGAAACUACACAAGUGGACCAUCAGCUCUAUUUUCUACCAGACUAUCUCAACCACUUUAUUUUGGGAGAAUUCCAGUUAAUUUGAAAACCCCAUGGCUUCCUGUUCAGGAUGUGUUCCUUGGCUGCCUGAAGGAUGUUAAAAUCAAUGAGAAACAUCGCUUAGUCAACAAAGUAUCAGAUAUUCAUGGAACUGUCAGCUUACAAGGGUGCCCUAUCAAUUAACAGUCUAACGUGCAUCUCUUCAGGGUGGAUUAUCUUAAAGUACUGUACAAACUGCCACAAUGUGCUCUCAUCCCCUGUGUUAAUCUUGCAAUCUGUGGACAUCUUGGUUUAAGGAUGUAUGUUGUUAGGCUUUCCAUGAAAUGCUGUUUGCUUUUCAGCGUACAGGUCACUGAGUGUGACAGUGAAAUACAAAAUGGCCUUGUAUGUAACACAAUCUGGUGAGGUUCUGUUCUCGGCCACAGUUGUGCAUAACUGGACCAAUUGGGUUCACAGGACAGCCCCAGACCUGAGGCUCUUGCCUAGACAAGUACUAUCCAAAUCAGAACAGGAGAAUUUGAGGACUGUAAGGAGAACUUGAUAAAAUAUUUUUAAAAAAUGAUUCUGGGUUGCUGAAUCUGUUCUUUUAUACUUAAUUGUAGAUUUCAUAAUGACAAAAAUAGCAUGAAUUUAAAGCACUUUAUAAAGAGUCAGACCAAGAGUUGAUAGUCUUGAGUAAUCUAUGACCAAAUAAAUGCAAUUUGCUUUAAAAAAAAAUCUUAACUGUGUUUAUUGUACUGACAUCCCAUAUAUCCAUCAGCUUUAAACAAAUGGGCAGGCUCUACCAACAUUCAUUCUUUAUGUUGGUGCGUAUCAUUUUUCUGUGUAGUAAAGUUUCCUGAAUAACACCACCACUACAGCAAGUGGGGCUGAAUGGUGGAGUAUCUGCUUUGCAUACAGAAGGUUCCAGGUUCAGUCCUUAAUAAGAGACUGAUGUGUUGACAAAAACUAAUUUUGAUAUUUUCUGCUGCUGAAACAGCCACAACAGGAAGUGUAAAGAUGCUGUUGCUACUAUGAGAUACAAGGAUUCCAGAAACUGAAUUCUACAGUAAAAAACACAUGCCAGCAUGUGCUGAUAUGCAGGCUGUACUGUGACGGAUCGGUGUAAUCAGUUCAUCAGAUUUGGGAGUGUUCGGGGGAGACUAGUGCCUGAAGCUCAGAUUUUUUGUCCUUUCCAAACUGUUGCUCUCCUGGAUCGUGUAAAAGUAUCUUUUUAUAUUUUCUAAUCUAGUUGCAAUGUACAGCAAACAAUGCUGGGUGCAUGCACAACCAGGAUAUUUGGACAAGGAUCAUUAACCAGGUUGUAAGAACACAGCUGCUCAGGUGCACAAGCCCCAUUCAUUUCCAUCAGAUUUCUGUAGGAAAAGUUCUCAGUGGACUGAAAUAUGAUUCCAAUCAAUAAAUAUUCUACUUGUACACACAAGAUUGGAUUACAGUCUAAUAAAAAUAACUAAAGGUAAUGACACAUGUACUAUGCAAUUGUAAGUAGGCAUGUUGGUUCAAAGAACAAUUCCAAAAAUAGUCUUGUAAUAAUUUUUUAUUAGGCCCAACUAAAAGAGAACAAUCUGGUAAGCAUCCAGUUACUCCUUUGGACCUGUAUGUCAGGUGGUUAUUUUCUCAUUUCUAAUCACUAGAACAUCAUCACCUCCAGGGCUACAUCAACAGAGUUAGCAGAUUAUGGAAUGCUUUGCUUGUGAGACAUGUGUUGGAUGAUACUGUAUACAUAUCCACCCCUUCAGUAUAUAAUCUAAACAAUCACAAUAGAAAUAACUUCCUUUGGAGCAAGCCUAAGCUGGUCUACUCAGAAGUAACUGCCAUAUUUUAUUUAUUUAUUUAUUCCAUUUUUAGAGUGCUCUCUGCGCGAAGCCCAGAGCAGGUCACAACAUUCAUUCCCAAUAAAAACAAUAUUAAUCACUGCACAUUACCACCCAGUGAUAAAUGCGAUAACCAGUUUAAUGUGUUAAUACUCAUUUGACCUUAAGGUCAAACAAGAAAAGAAAAAGAAG